AUGGCCGGAUGGUGGAGCCUCGGUGGUGCUUUUCUUCUGCUUUUUGGUAUUCUCCUUGCUCCCUAUUUGUACAAGAUCAACUGGAUCAAGGAUCUAAGAUUAGAAGGUGAUAACAAAACAGUUUUAGCAAAUCACUUGGAGUCGAAAAAACGCAAAUUGGGUAAACUUCCACCGGUUUAUCCAAAUGGAUGGUUUGCUUUAUUAGAAAGUUCACAACUAGAAAAGGGUCAAGUUAAACAUGUAGCUGCACUUGGACAAAAUUUUGCUGUUUUCAGAACAGAUAACGGGACGAUAAGGAUUUUAGACGCUUAUUGUCCACAUUUGGGUGCAAAUAUGGCAGAAGGUGGUCGUGUAAAAGGCGAUUGCUUAGAAUGCCCUUUUCAUGGUUGGCAAUUUCGUGGUUCUGAUGGACAGUGCAAUCAUAUCCCAUACGCCGACAAAGUGCCACAUAUAGCAAGAACAAAAACGUGGAAAAGUUGCGAAGCUAACGAAAUUAUCUUCGUUUGGCACCAUGCAGAGGGAUUAGAACCAAAUUGGCAACCGCAAACAAUUAGUAACGUUUUAAACCGAACGUGGCGCUAUCAAGGUCGAAAUGAAUUUCUUAUCAACUGCCAUAUACAGGAAGUUGCAGAAAAUGGUGCUGAUUCAGCACAUCUUAGCGCAGUGCAUGGACCAGCAAUAUUUACGAAAAUUACAAAUUUUUUCUCUUCUUUUGCUCGUCAUUCAUGGACAAACGUUAAUUGGGCGCCGCAUAACUCUUUCCUAGAGUCCCAAACUUCCGAGAAAACUGAAACGGAAAAAAAAGAUGGUGAAAAUUUAAGACAUAGAGCAUACAUGACUUUAAGACACAGCCUGAUUUUGUUCGAGAAAUUCGAACUUUUACAAUUGGAUGUAAACGUUCAACAAAUCGGCCCCGGUUAUGUUGAAUUAAUGAUGCACUCAUCUUUGGGAUCUAUGUGUAUUUUUCAGACAGUCACACCAAUGGAACCGCUUUUACAAAAGGUGACCCAUUUAAUAUACUCUCCUCCGCUGCUUGGUCCAUACGCUAGCAUGUUAUUCUUAGGAGAGUGUUUAAUGUUCGAAAGAGAUGUAGCUAUCUGGAAUCGAAAGAAGUUCGAGAAGCAACCUCUUCUCGUCAAAGAAGAUAAAAGCAUACUUGCUUACCGCAGGUGGUAUUCCCAAUUUUAUUCACAGCAUAGUCCAAGUUAUCAUUCCGCUAUCAAAUCUUUACAGUGGUAGCAAUAUUU